CACCACUCACAAGAAGACAGAUCAUAAGUAAUCUCACCUCAUUUUACAUGGAGAAUACUCUUCCUCAUAAUUUCCUUGUACUUCUUCUUCUGCUGCUACAUCCUCUAUUUUUUUUCAUCUCAUCAUUCAAAGGCAGAAAUGAUCAAACCAAACCCAACUUCCCUCCUGGUCCUCCUAAGCUACCAAUCAUUGGAAACUUGCACCAACUUAUUGCAAAACAGCCUCAUCAAGCACUGUCACAACUAUCCAAUAUAUAUGGUCCAGUCAUGCUUCUACAAUAUGGCCGUGUACCAACAGUUGUAAUAUCCUCCGUUGAAGCUGCGGAACAAGUCUUAAAAACACUUGAUGUUGUGUUCUGUAAUAGAAUUCAACUUGCUGGACGAAAACGUCUUUCAUAUAAUUAUGUAGAUAUGGCUUUAGCACCUCAUGGAGAGUACUGGAGAGAAGUUCGAAAAAUAUGUGUCCUUGAACUGUAUAGUAAGAAAAGGGUGCAAUCUUUUAAGGCAGUCAGGGCGGAGGAAGUUGCUGUUGUAAUUGAUUCAAUAUCAUUUUCUUCAAAUACUACUCCUGUUAACGUUUUUGAAAAGUUAACAAGUUUUACACAUAAAACAAUCUGUAGAGUUGCUUUUGGUAGCACAACUGGUCAAAGUAGGUCUAGGAACCAUUUUGAUAAUGGAAGACUUAUAAAAGUUCUUUGUGAAGUCGCCGCUUUGACUAGUUUGUAUGCAUCUGACUUCUAUCCCGAGGUAAGUUGGAUUAUUGAUAGGAUCACUGGAAUCCAUGGUAAAAAAGAAAAAUGCUUUCAAGAUCUAGACAAUUUCUUACAACAGAUCAUAGACGAACAUGACAACCGGCCGGAGCGACUGAAACCGGAACAAGAAGAUAUCAUAGACGUUUUGCUAAAACUAAAGAAGGAUCACACGAGUACAAUUCAUCUCACUGACGACCAUAUUAAAGCAAUUGUGUUGAAUGUGUAUCUUGGUGGAGUAGACACAACAACUGGAGUAAUGACUUGGGUAAUGGCAGAACUAGCUAAAAAUCCCGAAGCAAUGAAAAAAGUUCAAGAAGAGAUUAGAAGCUACGUGGGAUCAAAAGGAAAGGUAGAAGAAUCAGAUCUUGAUAAUUUCUCAUUCUUAAAAAUGGUAAUUAAAGAAACUCUAAGGUUGCAUCCAAUACUUCCAUUACUUGCAAGAAAAAGCAUGAUUCGCUGUAAAAUUGAUGGUUACGACAUAUAUCCGAGCACAUGGAUCCUAAUAAAUUCAUGGGCGUUGGGAAGAAAUCCACAGUAUUGGAAAAAUCCCGAAAAAUUCUUGCCAGAGAGAUUUAAGGAUAGCUCCCUUGAUUUUGUCGAAAAUCAAAAGUUCGAAUACAUGCCUUUUGGGGGAGGUCGAAGGAUUUGCCCUGGAUUGAAUAUGGGAAUUGUCUUAACAGAGCUUGUCCUCGCCAAUAUUCUGUACACUUUCGAUUGGGAAUUUCCAAAAGGAUUGAAGGCAGAAGACCUAAACAUGGAAGAGUCAUCAGUGAGUAGGUAUCCUCUCGAGCUUGUACCCAUCAAGUAUGUUGCUGGAAAAUCCGAUUAAGAGAAAAAGAAUUUGAUUUUAAAUGUGUAUUACUAUAUAUAUCGUGUGCUAGAUAUAUAAUGCAUGAUAGCAUGGUUGUUCAUGUGCUAAAUAUAUAAUGCAAGAUAUUGCAUGGGUGAUUGUGUGCUAAACAUAUAGGAAUAUGGUUGAUUGUUUG